AUGUCAGGCCACAACCUCCAUAAUGCCCUCCUACGACCUCCAAUCAUCCAAAUUCUCCGCGCUCAAGGAUUCCAUUCUACGCGCCCAUCAGUCCUAGAGUCACUCUCUGAAUUAACGGGACGAUAUCUCAUGAUCCUGGCCUCCGCAACAGCUGCGCACGCCGCCAACGCGCAUCCCGAAGAUCCAUCUCCAGUCCUCGAAGACGUCUACCAAGCUCUCCAAGAUGCCGGCGCACUACGACCGCAAUUAAGAGAAUGGGAGGAGGAAUGGGCUGGAGAAGAAGAUCUGCGUGGCCUCGAGUCACUGCUUGGAUGGAUCACGGGACCUGUCCACCGUGAGAUUCGGCGCAUUGCAGGCUUUGUCCCGAGUGAAGGAGAUAUGGUGGAUUCGGACGCGAUUGAGAAAGAAGACUUCCUGACAGCGUUGAAGAAGAAGCACAGUAAGACUGGUGAAGAAUCUCGAUACGCGGGGACAGUCUUGGGCAAGAGCGCGGAUGAGCACCCAGUUAUUCUUGAAGGUGGUGCACCGAGUAUCCGAGAAUGGGGCACGCAAAUACGAUCUCGGGCUCCUGUGAGUCCCGGUGCGAGUGAUACUUCGGGUGUUAGUAGCGCCCCAAGUCACCUAUCGGAAGAAGAUCGCAUGGAAGUGUGA